UCGGUACUCGUUGGCGGUUAGUUUGUACCCCGGGUUCAAACCCCACACACGUUGGCAUUGUUUAAUGCGUACUAGACUGUGAGUUUGUCAGUUUGUGCUUGUAAUGUGUUAAGUUAACUAUGUGGUGGUUUAUACAAUUAACGAUCCUAUUACAAUGUGUUCAUUCAGUUCGUAUUAUAAGCAUACGUGUGCCAGAGGUUCUACAAUACGGAAGCAAGGACGCCAUUACAUUAGAUUGCGACUACAUCACUAACAACGUGACUGGGCUAGUGGUGAAGUGGUUUUACAUGGAUAGAUCACAGCCCAUAUACCAAUGGAUACCACCGCAAAAACCUCAAGCUUUAGGAAUACUAAAAAAUAAGCUUGAUCUAUCAUACAAAAUAUCAAACAAUCCGUACACACGACAUCGGGCGCUGCGGAUUUUGUCUCCUGGCACAGAGCUGACGGGAAACUACACUUGCGUUGUGUCGACUUUCCUUUCGGAAGAUGAGCGUACUAGACCUAUGACUAUAUUUGUUCCAGAAACAAAAUUCGACAUGAUUCAAGAUCGGCUUAGUGAUGGAUAUUUGAAUAUUAUAUGUUCUGUUGAAGGAGUAUUUCCACGACCAGAGCUAGUUAUAUUAGCGGGUAAUAGACUAUUAAAUUCAAAGUCCUCUAUCAAAAUCAUAGAGGGACGCUACACAGCGUUGACAAGUGCAGUUGUCAGGAUCGACUCUUUGCCGCCCACAGUUGAAAUUCUCUGUGACAUGCAAGUUCCACUCGCUAACUACUUCAGCAGAAAGAGGGAUAUAUUUUUUAGAGAUCCGAACAUAAAUACAAAUGAGCAUAGCCAUUCGUUGAGUCCACAUUCCGGAAACGACAAAGGUCACACGAUAGAAGUUGCGCCUUUCACGUUAAUUUUAUGUUUAACACUAUAUUAUUGUUUUAAAAUCACGUAAAUUUAAAGUGUUAUAGCAUCUAGAUUAUGAGAUUUAGUUCAUACUAAUAUAUAUUCAUAUACAAUGUAAUUAACAAAAGUCGCAGUAAAAUUAAUUUUAAUUUAAUUAAGAAAAUCAUAUAAUUAGUUCUGUACAUUUCUAAAAUAGAUUGAAAACACCAAAGAUCGUAUGGAAAAAUAAAGAAGAUGUUUAUUAUACUCAUAAAAUUUAACCAUUGCUUCUUUUUCUUGUUAUGUUUCCAAAGAUUUGUUUAUUUCUAGUCCUGAAUAA